AUGCUUUGUGCAUUUGUGCUUGAGCAGGAAAUGGAUGUGAAACUCGAAAUCGUGAAGGUUUGCGAGGACUUAGCAAUCAAAAUGGAAGAAAGGGUAAAUACAGCUGAACAGAACUCUGAAGCCAAGAAGAUUCUAGCAGAGCGCAUUGAGGUCAUCAAGGCUGUGCUGGGAGAGAUCAGGAAGCAGCAUAAGAAGUGGAAAGCAGCACAGACAUCAGCGUUGUCAGGGGAGAUCCAAGAGCAGCAAGCAAUGGUGACGACAGAGCCACCAGGAGAGAUCAAUGAGCAGCAAAAAGCCUGUGAACUGGAGCAAGCACUAAGGUGCGUGCAGGGGCAGCUGGAGAGGGCAACGGACAUGUUUGAGAAAAUGGAUAACGAUGGGAGACUCAAGAAGUUCUGGGUGGUGAAGGGCGGCUGCGAUGAACUAAGCGACCUGGACAGAUCCCUUCAAGGUGCCAUUCGAGUCCUGCACAAGGCUCAUACGGCAUUGUUGGGUGACACUGUGAAUCAGACACACCAACGGGUGCAAAAUGUUGUAACGAUCCUGAAGGCUUUGUCCCUGGAUCAGAAGAAUAUGGCUGAGGAGGUGAGGCAGGCAUUGCGCCAGGCGCUUGCAGAGAAGCUGGUAGGCUCAGAAUGCAGUGAGGACGAAGAGCAGCCCCCCAAUGAGGUGACAUCUACCCCAAGUGCCAACCCCUUAUCCCCUGAGGAGUGCGUGAGGUACAAUCGGGAAAUGCUCCAGUUCCUCAUGCAGCAAAUGGAGGCAUUCAUGUCCAUCUUUUCAACACAAGAAUUCUAUGCAGCUGCCCGGACAAUGCCAGAUGGGUGGGCAAACUCCGUGCAAAACACGUAUGGUGCACUGGAACUUGGUUGGAUGCUCAUCGAUCGCCACAAGAAGCCCUUCAAUCUCAGCACGUUUUACAAGAACUGCGAG